AUGAAUUUCAUAACGAAGGAGCUAGCAAAUCGCUUGAAGCUCAGGGAGCGACCUCUUGAUGUAUCAGUGACGGGAGUUAUGGAUGAAGUAAUCCAUGCUAAUAAGGUAGUCAAUCUUUGCGUUAAAUCACAUUUUAAUAGGUUUUCCGAAAAAAUGGACUGCGUGGUGCUUCCAAAAAUAACGCAACAGUUGCCACAGCAUUUCAUACCCAUGCAAAGUGUGUCGAUUCCAAAACAUAUAAAACUCGCUGAUCCUAAUUUUAACAUCAAACAGUCAAAAAAUCAGCCGACUUUGCAAAAGACACACUUUGGAUGGAUCAUUUCCGGUAUCACACCAAGUGACAUAACCGGAUCGGUUCCUUCUGUUAAUUUUCAUUUAACCUCACUCGAUGACUUAAGACUUACAUUAAAUCGGAUUUGGGAGGUGAAACAUGAUACCACUCCUAAAUCAUUUUCUCUUGAAGAAAAGGCCUGUGAAGAGGCAUCCCUGCAAGCCGUAAAGCAAGACAAGCUGAAUGAAUUGGGAGAAUCCAAGGACAUCGCUCUGAAACGUUUCAAAUCGUUGGAGAAGCGGCUCAUCGCUCAACCUCGCAUGUAUGACGAAUACAAGAAGUUCAUGGAUGAAUACAUUCGUUUGAAUCACAUGAGGGAGGUGACUAGUGAUACGAUGUUAAGCCAGGGCUCUCCAACUUUCUAUCUAUCACAUCAUGCUGUGCAAAAUGAAACGAGCUCCACUACCAAGUUCCGGGUGAUAUUUGAUGGCUCAUGCAAGAUCACGACCGGACUAUCUUUAAAUGAGUAUAAUUGA